UCGGCAGCCAGCUGUCCAGUCGACCAUCGUGCACUAGCAGCAUCCUCUGGCUCUCAGCCCGCCUCUGCCUCUGCUGGAGGCUGCCCAAUAGACCACUCUUCCCUUUCCAAAUCUGAACUACCGCCAUCACACCCACAAGUUCCCUCGUCUUCAGGUCUCGCACAAUGUCCAAUCCAACAUGACCCCAACACCCUCGACUCGCGGAACCAAAUGCCCGUCCUCUCGCAAGCCCCCGCCGCCGCUCAAUCAACCUACCUCCCCACAGACCGCGAAACGUCGUCAAUACCACGCGACGAGGCAGGGAAGUGGGAGUACCCUUCGCCACAGCAGUUUUAUAAUGCGUUAGUGAGGAAGGGAUGGGAGACGCCGGAGGAACAUGUGGAGACGAUGGUGAACAUACAUAAUUUCUUGAAUGAGAUGGCAUGGGACGAAGUGAAGAGGUGGGAGAAGGAGGCGUGUCCAGAUGACAAGCUUCAGCUCGUGAGGUUCAAAGGCCGUCCAGGCGAGCUCUCACCGAAAGCACGUUUCUGGCUCUUCGCAGGCUGGCUUCUCCCCAUGCGUUUUAAUGACGAGCCACCCUUCGACCGUCACGAUUGGAUCGUCCGCCGAGCUUCAACAGGCGAAGAAGUCCGCUACGUUAUUGACUACUACAGCGCACCCCCACUCGCCGACGGCUCUCCCGUCUUUUCGCUCGACGUUCGUCCCGCUCUCGACAGUCUCAGUGGGAUCAGUAUGCGGAUCAAGGCUGCGACGCAGGAGGUGUGGCAAGGUGCGAGGCAGCAGCAGCAACAGCAGUAGAGGCCGUUGGUGGACCGUUUAUUUUCUCGCUUUAGAUGACAUCCAUAUCUGACACUACUUUACUCUUUGGAUUUACGCCAUAUGUGGCCGCUUUGGGCGGUUUUUGAUAGAUUCGGAAAAGUAUAGCCCAUUUCUUUGGAUAUUUAUCGCCUUAUAAUACAUGGUUCAUGGCUCUUCAAGUCAUUUUUAUUGC